AUGCAAACAACAUCGUCUUGUGUCGAUAAUGUUCCUUACCAGCAUUGCUCUUACCAAGAAAACAUGGUCGACUUUUAUGAAACUAAGCCACAGUUGAUAAAUCAUCAUUUCCAAGCUGCCGAGAAUCCUUACUUCACACGUAAUCAUCAUCAUCAAGAGAUCAACUUGGUCGAUGACCAUGAUCCUAUGAACUUGGAACAGAACAACAUGAUGAUGAUGAGGAUGAUCCCUUUUGAUUAUCCUCCUACAGAGACCAACAAGCCUAUGAACUUCCUGAUGCCAGAUGAAGUUUCAUGUGUCUCUGCUGAUAAUAAUUCUUAUAGAUCCAUGAGUUUCAAUAAGACCAAGCCUUUUCUGACAAGAAAGUUGUCUUCAUCCUCGUCUUCAUCAUCAUGGAAAGAAAAGAAGAAAACAACAGUAGUCAAAGGACAAUGGACUGCUGAAGAAGACAGGGUACUGAUUCAACUUGUGGAGAAAUAUGGACUGCGAAAAUGGUCACAUAUCGCACAAGUGUUACCAGGAAGGAUUGGGAAGCAAUGUAGAGAGAGAUGGCAUAACCAUUUGAGACCUGACAUUAAGAAAGAAACAUGGAGUGAAGAAGAAGACAGAGUGUUGAUAGAGUUUCAUAAAGAGAUUGGAAACAAAUGGGCAGAGAUUGCCAAAAGACUCCCUGGAAGAACAGAGAACUCAAUCAAGAACCAUUGGAACGCGACAAAACGAAGACAGUUCUCUAAGAGAAAGUGUAGGUCCAAGUAUCCAAGACCUUCUCUGUUGCAGGAUUACAUAAAGAGCUUGGAUAUGGGUGUUUUGGCAUCUACAUCUGUUCCUGCAAGAGGUAGACGCAAAGAGAGUAACAAGAAGAAGGAAGUUGUGGCCGUUGAGGAGAAGAAGAAGGAGAAGGAGAAGGAGAAGGAGAAGGAGAAGGAAGAGGAGUUUUACGGACAAGACAGGAUUGUGCCUGAGUGUGUGUUUACUGAUGAUUUUGGAUUCAAUGAGAAGCUGCUUGAGGAAGGAUGUAGCAUUGACUCGUUGCUUGAUGACCUGCCUCAGCCUGACAUUGAUGCCUUUGUUCGUGGAAUCUAA